AUUAAGGUCAUGACGCAACAGGUUCAGGUGGCCCGGACUUCUGCUGUGUGUGUGGAGGCGCAGCUCCAGGGAGCUAUUACCGUCGGCGAGCGCUGUGCUAUACACCCCGGCGCGUCGGUGCUUUCAACUGGCGGCUCUAUCGUUCUUAGCGAACGCUGUUUCGUGGAAGAUGGCGCCGUGUUGGCCAACGACCCUUCUGAAGACAUGAAGAUCGGCAGCGAUAAUCUGUUCGAGAGCGGCUGCGAGGUUCGGAGCCAAAGUGUGGGAAGCGGCAACUGGUUCGAGCCCAAGGCGCGGGCGUUGAAUGGAUCCGUAAUCGGCGAUAACUGCCUUAUCGGUAGCGGCGUCGUGGUAGCAGCGGGCGAGCACGUACCAGACAACUCGAUCCUCGUGGCGGUGCAGACACUGCAGGGCGAAACACGUCGCGUCGUGAGAAAACAGAAGGACUAUCUUAUCAAGACUCACACGGCAUUGAUUCAGAAAUAUGCUGAUAUUUUUCCUAGAGGGUCCAAGAGUCCUUACGCCCUCGAAAAACACCACGAAUUACGGCAAUAACGGAGAAAUAAU